GAGAGAGAGAGAGAGAGAGAGAGAGAGAGAGAGAGAGAGAGCGAGAGCGAGAGAGAGAGAGUUCCAGCAUCUGAGAGACAAACACAAGAAAACAGAAUAUUUUAAACUAAUAGACGAUCAGCGCCAAACUAAAGAUCCAUUACAGACUGACAGAAGGAGAGAGCGAGGGAGAGAGAGAGAGGAGAGAGAGAGCGAGCGAGCGAGAGAGAGAGAGAGAGAGUUUAUAGACAUGAUGUCCUACAUGAAGCAGCCUCAUUACUCCGUGAACGGCUUGACUCUGUCCGGUACCGGGAUGGAUCUCCUGCACUACCCCAACACUGCGCGGAAGCAGCGGCGCGAGAGAACCACCUUCACGCGCGCGCAACUCGACAUCCUCGAGGCACUGUUCGCCAAGACGCGGUACCCGGAUAUCUUCAUGAGAGAAGAGGUGGCUCUCAAGAUCAACCUGCCCGAGUCCAGAGUCCAGGUGUGGUUUAAGAACCGUCGCGCGAAAUGCCGCCAACAGCAGCAGCAACAGACCAGUGGUCAGACCAAACCCAGGCCACCAAAGAAGAAGUCGUCUCCGGCCCGAGAGCCCAGCGUCAGCGAGCCCAGCGCCAGCACCAAUGGCCCCUACAGCCCUCCACCUCCUCCGGCCCCGAGCUCCAGCUCCACCAGCGCCACCGUGUCUAUCUGGAGCCCGGCCUCCGUCUCUCCGCUUCAGGAUCCGCUGUCAGUCUCCAGCACGCCCUGCCUGCAGCGCUCCAGCGCCUACCCCAUGACCUACACCCAGGCCCCGGCCUACGGGCAGAGCUACGCCUCCUCCUCCUACUUCACCGGGCUGGACUGCAGCUCGUAUCUGUCCCCCAUGCACCCGCAGCUGUCGGCCACAGGGGGCGCUCUCAGCCCCAUGAGCGGAGCACUCGGCCAGUCGCCCGCCUCGCUCUCGUCACAGGGCUACACCGCUGCGUCGCUGGGCUUUGGCGCGGUCGACUGCUUAGACUACAAAGACCAAACGGCGUCCUGGAAGCUCAACUUCAACACUGCAGACUGUCUGGACUACAAAGACCAGAACUCCUGGAAGUUCCAGGUCCUGUAGAGCAUCUAGAAGAAGCUUCACUGCACUUCUAAAAGGUUCCAAAGUGGAGAAGUUUUAGCAGCUAUGCCAUAAAUGGACCAUUUUUGGUUCCCCAAAGAACCUUUGAGUGAAAGGUGUAAAGAAUCUGUUGAAAAAAAAAAGUGAAAUCCUCAGUGUUGGGGAUAGCGCAUUACAAGUAAUGCAAGUUACAUAAUCAGAUCACAAGUAACUAAUAAAUUAAUGCAUUACUUUUUCAUCUACAAUGAAGUUACUUUUUCAAAUAAGAGAUACUUUGUUUUCCAUCAGCCUGAGGCUUAUUAGUAUCACGUUUGGUAUGAAAGGGCCUUUAGAGUUGGCAAAAAUAUAACUUUUGUGUUUCUUGUUAUUAUAAACAAAUAAGCAAGCCCAGCC